UCUGAUUACAGUAAAAAUGAAUAACGACCUGAAAAUUUUCUCUUCAACUAAUUAUCGGAACGAGCACGAUACUGGGGAGGUUAUGCGAAAUUCCCUUUUUCUGAUAUCCAAGGAAAUACAAAAGUAUUCAAGAUUUACAUUGGAGCCUGAAAUAGGGAAGGAUACAAUGUUUAAAAAUGAUGCAGAUAUCGACUUCAAUUUAGAAAACAACACUAAUGCAACUAAAGCUGAUAUAAAAAACAGACAGUUCAAAAAACUAAAAGAGCAUCUGAAGACCGUAUGCAAUAUUGCUAAAAUAGUAUUGUCGGCCAAAAACAAGGAAACGGAAAAUCUUUUGAAUCAACUGAAAACCGUUCGAAAUGAAUCAUACGAAAUAUCGAAGAGUAACGCUGAAAAUCUGAGUUUGAUACAACAAUUGCGAAUGGAAAAUUACAAUAUCAGCAGCGACGUGCAGUUUCUUAGUAAUUUUAUCCAUAAGGCUUAUCAAAAACUGCAGAAAAUGCGUAAUGAAAUACCUAAAGAUAUGCCGUUCAUAGAGGAACUGAAGACGAUCCUGCUCGCUUGUGGAGAAUACUAUGUCGACUACUGCAACGCGCGCGAUCAGUGCGCUCAGCUCAAGCAACGCAAUAGAUUUCUGAGAAAUAAACUAAACAUUGUAGAGAAUAACUUAGCAGCUACUACUGAAGAAUUGCGUAAUCUUAGAAAUAUAAACAAGAAACUUAAAAUGAAAUGUGAAAUUCAUCAUAAGAAUGGGGAUGCAUUCUCGAAAAAUGACAUAAAUCCGAGCGUUGAUGAAAGGCGUUUUAAUAUUACAGCUUUAGGCGAUGGCAAUAAAAGUGAUCACUAUAGAUACAAUGCACGUAUACCGAAAGAUGUCGAAUGUAAACAAAAUUUUCAAAUAUCAAACAAAAGUCCAUGUUUAACAUCUCAUUUAGAAACUGUUAAUAAUCUCAUUUUAGAUCAGGACAAUAUGUUAAAAGAAUUAAAGGAAUUAUAUUUAGAGGUUCGCCAAAGUUGUAUCUUUGAAUAA